ACUCAGCAAAACAGGAAACAGGAAGUGCUCAGAGCUCAGCUCGUAUGUCUGACAGCUGUGUGUUUACCCUGGCUUUUAAACUUAAAAUAGCUUAGCUGUUUUCACUGCAGGCAGUUAUCAAGUUAUAGCUGGUGUGUGUUUGUGUUUGUGUGUUUUUGUGGGGCUUUUCUUGUGUUUGAUCUGCUUCUACACCUUUUCUCUACUUUCACUUUCAAGAGAAAACAGAAGUGAAGGGCCCAGUAUGGCAGGCAGGCUGUCUCUGCCCGAGGAGGACCUCACCUGUUCCAUAUGCUGCAGCAUCUUCAGGGACCCCGUGGUCCUCAAGUGCACCCACAGCUUCUGCGGACCCUGUCUCAACCAGUACUGGACGGGGAAGGGACGGAAACGAGACUGCCCCCUGUGCAGGACCCAGAGCGUGGACGACCCGGUGCCCAGCCUGACCCUGAAGAACCUGUGUGAGUCCUGUGUYCAGAAGGAGGAGGAGGAGGAGGAGAGUCAGGAGGUGGGGGAAGCAGGGGGGGAGAUGUGCCCUCUUCAUGGGGAGAGGCUUAAGCUGUACUGCUUGUUGGACAAGGAGCCCAUCUGUGUGGUGUGCCACACCUCCAGGAAGCACAAGCAGCACGACUGCUGUCCUAUAAGUGAGGCACUUCUGGAUGUGAAGGAGAAAAUGCAAUCAGCUCUGAGCUCGUUGCAAGAGAAAAGGGAUUCCUUUGAAAGAAUGCGGAAAAAUUACGAGGACACAGUGGAACACCUUCAGGUCCAGGCCCAGUUUGUGGAACGGCGAACCCGGGAGGAGUUUGAAAAAAUCCGCAACUUUCUUAACGUGGAAGAAGAGUCCAGGAUGGAGGCGCUGAGGAGGGAGGCGGAGCGGAAGACCGGAGAGAUGAGGCAAAGGAUUGAAGAAAUAGAGACAAAUAUAUCCUCAGUGUCUGAAAGCAUCCGAGUUUUGGAAGAGGAGAUGGCUUUGGAGGACAUCUCAGUACUUCAUAAAUGCUGCAAAACACUGGCAAGAGCAAAUAAUCCAGUCGAAGAUCCAGUCAUGCCUUCUGGAGCCCUUAUAGAUGUGGCUAAAUAUGUCGGCUCUUUAACUUUCCAAGUGUGGGAGAAGAUGCAUAAAAUUGCCAAAUACACUCCAGUCACUCUGGAUCCCAACACGGCGGCCCCCUGGCUCGUCCUGUCAGAUGACCUCACGGGCGUCUGCGACAGCAACGAGAAGCGGAGUCUGCCCGACAACCCGGAGAGGUUCGACCCGGACACGGCCGUUCUGGGCUGGCGGGGCCUGUCCUCCGGCAAGCACGCCUGGGAGGUGAACGUGGGCGACAACACGGCCUGGGUCGUCGGCGUGGCCAAACAAUCCGUCAAGAGGAAGGAGAAAGUCAACUCGGUCCUGAAUAACGGCUACCUGUGCGUGUACUUUUACCACAGAAUGUACUUCGCCGGCACCUCUCCUUUGACACGACUCAGCUUGAAGCACAAUCCGAAGAGGUUACGAGUGAUGCUGGAUUGCGACAAGGGCAGGUUGUCGUUUUAUGACCCGCAUGCCAACGCGCACAUCUACACCUUCAAACACCCCAUCACUGAGGUGGUCUUUCCUUACCUGUGGGUGGGCUCUCAGGCGUGUCCUUUGACAGUCGAACCAGUGGAAGUUUACUUGAAAGUCGCAGAGUUUUGUUGAACCCAACCUGUUCAAACAGAAUUUCCAAACUUUAUGUGGUUCAAUCCAAUGUUCUCUAAAAACACAAUUCUAGUAACAGUAUUUUAAACUGUGCUGUUGCACUUUUGUCUGUAAAUAAAGCAUUAAAACUUAAUCAUGCGCACUAAACUCGUCUAAAAAUCCGCACUUUUUUGGGAGAGGUGGGACGCCUAAACAUUUGCACUCUGUUAGAAUAUACGGUUACUAAUAAAAAAAAUAUAUUGUGGCUUUUCUUGGGCAAAUUAUUGUUACUGCAUUUUAUCGAAGUGUUUUCAUGCUAUUCUUGUUUGGGUAAAAGAUCGUUUUACUAAGCGUGACAAAGCAUGUUGCAACAAAAAUGUCCAAGAGUGAAAUAAUAGAUGCACAAGACUUUGUGUGUUUUUUCUGGGUAACUCUUGCUUUGUCUACACGUUGACAACAUGUUGUCUGAAGAAAUUUUAUUUGACUUAAUGUGAGCAUGCAUAGUUUUUCAUAAAGCAGUUGUGCAAAAUGGUUAAAUUAAUAAAUGUUUUGUGUAAUGUAGCCUCUCCUGGUCAAAGUGCCUCUAAUUUUAAGCCACUCAGGAGUUAUUUUUUUGCACACYUUUUUAUUCCCCCGGAAAGUUAGAGAUCCAAAUCUCAGUUUUGUUCAAGCUUUUUUCACAAGCUUUCAUUUUGUGUUUGUAAACCAGUAAGUUAAAAAAAAAAUUUAGUACAAUAUGGUUUAAUCUAGAGAUGUGGCGUUCGCGAACGAUCGGAAUCUUUUGAACAGCUCUUCACAAUGAACGAUAGGAGCCAAAUCGCGGGCAGUAACGAGCCAUUUGUAGUUUUAUUUCUUUUAUUCCUCAUUUAAUCUUUAUUUUUUCAUACUUAAAUCGCUCCCGCUUUGCUUUUUCAUGGAAAACAGGCGGAGUUGUGGAGUACAGAAGCUCACAGUGAAGGGGGGCGGGAUGACGUCAUUACAUAUGGCUACGUGAUGACGUAUUUCCCUACGUGAUGACGUAAUACGUUCAAAAUCGAACGACUCUAACGGCUCCCCAAGAUCCGGAUCCCUUCAAAGAGCCAUUUGUCCCAUCUCUAGUUUAAUCCAAAGCUGCUGCUCAGUUUCUGAACAAUCAAUAAAAACAAAAACUAACUGAUAUAGCUCA